GAAUGGAGUAACAGUCAGUCACCCAGGGGUGGUAGGGUCGCGCUUUUGAUUGAAUAAAUAAUCAGGCGGGUGACACUUGAGGCAGUUGGAUCCUGCUCACGACACUAGACACGUCUCGAAGGUAUUCAAACAGCGUUUUGCUUCGGUCGCUUGGGUUUGGAGGACGAUCGCAAAGCUUGUCGAUAUGAGGGCUGCAGUUUUGUUUGUCGUUGUAUUACUGUUGUUAUCAGUUAUCGAAGCGAAGAAUGGAAGAAAGAAAGAUAAAGGAAAAGAUUGCAACAGACCGUGUAACAAGAAACUAAAACCAGUUUGUGCAAGCGACGGAAAAACCUACAGCAACUUAUGUCUCUUCAACAACGCCAAGUGUAAAGCAAAUAAAACUGGUGGUAUUCUGAAAAUAAAAGCUCAAGGACCUUGUCGGAACAAGACAGCGAAAGGCAUCAAGGCAAGAGCAAAGUGCUCCGCGGGAUUAGCGGAUUGUGUUCAAGUCGGGAACUCCACAAAACGCUCCGUGUGUGGGAGCGACAAUAAAACGUACGAGUCGUUUUGCUUCUUUCGCGUUGCAAGGUGUCAGGCCAAGCAAAAGAACAACAAUUUGACCGUACUUUACAAGGGAGAGUGCGGACACCCGAAGACGAAGAAAGCAGAAACUUGCCCACUUGCAAGACAGUGCGACAAUCGUGAAGAUCCUAUAUGUGGCAGUGACAAGAAGACCUACAGAAACACUUGUGUUUUCGUCGUUGCAAAGUGUCAAGCUAAGAGGCAAAACAAAAAAUUGACACUCAAGAAGAAAGGUAAGUUAUACUAUGCACAGUAUCUAUAAUUUUARCGAGAAAUAUUUUCUUUGGUUGAGAUAAUCUUGUUGAAGUUCUAAUUCUAUUUGUUACAAAGAUGAAUGAAACUUGUUCUAUCUAAAAUAUGCAAAAAUGUUUUGUUGAAUGUUUCCAUAAAACGUUUUCACUAACCGAGAAUCAGUACUAAAGUCAACCAAUAGCGCAUACAAGUUUAUCUCGAAUUAAAACGGUGAAUUUAACUGAUAACUUUUGAGAAAAUACCGACCACAUGCAGAGGUCAGAAUUUUUAAAAGGUUAUUAAAUGCUUCUUCAAAAUUUCUUCACUUGAUUAAGACCGCUUUUGUCACGCAGUUCAUCAAAAAAGUGACGAGGUUAAAACGCUCGCAAAAGCAAACACACACACUCAGCCACAAUGUCGUAUGGCUUUAUAAACAUGACCCAAUUCAGGCAAGAGUUUUUUUCAGUUUAAUUGGUUUAUUGCUCAUUUUAUGCGGAAUAUAAGACGAUGUAAAAUGAAAGCCAUUCGUGUUAAAUUUCAGAAACGAGACACUCUGAAUUCUCCAAUCAUAUACGAUCAAUAUCCAAAACCUGUUUACUCAAUGCGGGAGAGUUAUUUACCUAGGCUUUGGAAAAAUACUCGCUAUCUAUUCGUGAAAUCCGAUAAGACGACAGCAGCUGAACUGCCGAAGAAAGUAGACUGCUUAGCAUCUCUCUACUGAUCUCCAACGCAAGUUGCUUGUUUAGAAUUAAGAGGCAAAAAUAGUGAGUACAUGAUACGCAUGUCGAAAAAGAAAAACGGAAAUAGUGGCGCCGGAAGUGUUAAAUGUUUGCAGGUGUUCUUCAUGAACUCAACAUAACUGGGGUGCAUCGCGCGUUCUCCCUUGGUAACCUCGGCUCCCCUCCUCACAAGCACCACCCGCCUUCCCCCAUCCCCCGUUCAUCUCCCCCCCCCAACCAACACCACCACC